GUUCGGGCAGCGGGGGCACCCCUCUUGCAGUGAGUGUCGCCCGCACCCACCCGGCGCACUCCCUCCGCCUCUCCGAGUUCGCCCCGACCAGGUGGUGGCGGGCGCCUUUUGGGGGUGCGCGGCCGUGCAAUUGGUGGAUUUUUUAAAAAGCGUUUUGGAGGGGGGAGCGCGGCGUGGGGGGCGGCGAGUGCGCUCCUGGCUGAGAGCUGCUCCUGCUUCGCUCCUGGCUUUCCUGCCGCUUCCCUCCGGGUUUCCUGCGCUCUCCUUCCCGGCUGGGCCGAGAGCGCUCCCCAGACACCGCAGCCUCAGCCGCGCCGCGCGGGGCGCCGAGAUGAAGGUGCUGGGACACAAGAUCGAACUGCUGACAGGCCUCCUGCUUCACGACGUGACCAUGGCCGGGCUGCAAGAGCUGAGAUUCCCCGAAGAGAAGCCGCUGCUCCGGGGCCAGGAUGUGACCGAGCUGGAGAACUCUGAUGCAUUUCUGUCAGCUGUGGACACAGACUGGAAGGAACACGACAUUGAGACGCCUUAUGGCCUUCUGCAUGUGGUGAUCCGGGGCUCCCCCAAGGGGAACCGCCCAGCCAUCCUCACCUACCAUGAUGUGGGCCUCAACCACAAGCUGUGCUUCAACACCUUCUUCAACUUUGAGGACAUGCAGGAGAUCACCAAGCACUUUGUGGUGUGCCAUGUGGAUGCUCCUGGACAGCAGGUGGGGGCGUCACAGUUUCCUCAAGGGUACCAGUUCCCCUCCAUGGAGCAACUGGCUGCCAUGCUUCCCAGUGUGGUGCAGCAUUUUGGGUUCAAGUACGUGAUUGGCAUUGGAGUGGGAGCUGGAGCCUAUGUGCUGGCCAAGUUUGCACUCAUCUUCCCUGACCUGGUGGAGGGGCUGGUGCUGAUGAACAUUGACCCCAAUGGCAAAGGCUGGAUCGACUGGGCUGCCACCAAGCUCUCCGGCCUGACUAGCACUUUACCUGACACAGUGCUCUCCCACCUCUUCAGCCAGGAGGAGCUGGUGAACAACACAGAGUUGGUGCAGAGCUACCGGCAGCAGAUUGGGAACGUGGUGAACCAGGCCAACCUGCAGCUCUUCUGGAACAUGUACAACAGUCGCAGAGACCUGGACAUUAACCGGCCUGGAACAGUGCCCAAUGCCAAGACACUCCGCUGCCCAGUGAUGCUGGUGGUCGGGGAUAAUGCACCCGCUGAGGAUGGGGUGGUUGAGUGCAACUCCAAACUGGACCCAACUACCACGACCUUCUUGAAGAUGGCAGAUUCUGGGGGCCUUCCCCAGGUCACACAGCCAGGGAAGCUGACUGAAGCCUUCAAAUACUUCCUGCAGGGCAUGGGCUACAUUGCAUACUUGAAGGACCGAAGGCUGAGUGGAGGAGCAGUGCCUUCAGCCAGCAUGACCCGUCUGGCACGCUCCCGCACCGCCUCCCUUACCAGCGCCAGCUCGGUGGAUGGCAGCCGCCCACAGGCCUGCACCCACUCGGAGAGCAGUGAGGGGCUGGGCCAGGUCAACCACACCAUGGAGGUGUCCUGUUGA